UAAAGAGUCAAAGAAUCAAGAUCGAAACAGACCCUUAACUUGCAAGCUCUCUCACCUUCUUUACAAUUUCAAAGCUAUGAUUCAAUGAACACAUAAUAAUUACACAAAUUUAAACAAAAUAUUACAGAAAUGAGAUUAAGAUUCAAUUCUUUUAAAUUAUUUCUAACUACAACACUCCUCAUAUUAUUUCUACACCGAGUUGAAUGUUUAAACUCAGCAACAGCAAUUUGUGAACUCAGUUUUGGAGAUGGGCAUAAGCUUUACAAAUUCAGUUUGACUUCUCCUCUUUCAAAUUACCCUCAUGGUGUUCUUAGUGAAGAUGGCUUUUAUAAGGUGGCUGCGAAUGAGACUGUGCUCUGGUUUCAGUUAUGCGAUGGGAUGCUUUUUAAUCAUGAUCCACCUAGAUGCAUUGACUGCCUGGAUUGUGGAGGGCCAUCACACUGUGGUAUGGAAUGUAGUGCGCUUGUGUCAAAUAACAGAGGAGGUUAUGAUGUAUGCACUACUGUCGGACGUGUCUCAAACACAGAAGUUAGCGUCAUGGAUAAGGAGAACCCUCUCAAGGGUGUUAUUGUUAAGAUGUCAAGUCCUGUAAAGACAUCUAGUGGAUCUGAGCGGAAUUGUUCCCUCUCUGUCUCUGUCAUUUGCAAUACAAAUGGUGCUCAAGUGCCACAGUCGCUGGAGAAAUCAGGAACCUGUGAUUAUGCUGCAGUACUACAACAUCCAUCCGGUUGUGCCACAAUUAUAUCUGUUAAUGGGCAAGGAUGGGGCUGGUUUGGAACACUGGUAAUCAUUAUCUUAUGCGUGUUUGGAGGGUAUGUCUUAGCGGGUGCAGUUUAUCGCUAUUUCUUUCUUGGAAUUCACGGGUUAGAUAUGAUUCCGAACUUGGAUUUUUGGGCCACAUUGCCUCUGAAAAUACAGAGUUCUUGUGCUUCUUUGGUGCGGAGAUUUAGAGGACCUACAGAAACUCAUCGAAGCUCCUAUUCUCGUGUCAAUUUUUAACUAUUCUGAUUCAGCUCCUGAUUUCUUUGUGAAGUGCUUUUGAGACAUCUAGACUGCCAUUUGAAGUAAAGUUUAUGGUUUUUGAUAGUCUAGUAUAGCUAUCUCGUUGAUUAGACUUCGGAAUUCCUAUUCCGAAAUGCCCGUCCGUCUAUUUGCUGACAUGUGUCAUCAUACCCCUUUCAUUUUAUUUUUAUUCUGUAUUUAUUUCUUGUAGCUUCAUUCAUUUGAUUAUGUAGUCUUCAGUAACUCACACUAAAUUCUUGCUUCUAUUGUAUUGAUAUUCUUUUAGCUGUUCUUCAAUCAAGUUUGAGAUUUGGAAUCA